UGCUGUCUGUAGGAUAUUUUGGAUAUUUCCCUUGUCACUUCCCCGUUGUCCAUAAAUAACCAACCACUUGUCAUGGCUGCUCGGCACGGCAGUGAUAGUGUUAAAAGCGCUCACCAAGAGUCUCCACCUUUUAUGUAAAUGCCAGUGUGAGUGAGUGGGACCCGAGGCGGAGAGAGCGCUUCGUGAAUGGGGGGAGUUGCCUUCGCGGAUCUGCGCUGCGCUCAAGGAGGUGUGGGUUUCUUUCCACUGUUUUGCAUCUAUACGGGGGAAAGAACCGAUACCUUUGGAUGUAAAAUGUGCAAUCAUGUCACCGACGCUGGGUCGCGCAAUCAGAGGAUCUGAAUAAUAAUCCAUACAGGCUACCCGGCGAUAAACGCACUCCAAAGGAAGAAAGCCAUGGGUGGCCAGAUCACGCGAAAUGCCCUUUACGACUCCCUUGGUGGCCCAUUCCCAUCCACAUCCCACCGAUGUCACCACAAGCCCAAGCGCUGCCUGCCCAUCCAGUGUGGCGGUGUUGGUGGGCCUCUUGCCAUCAGCCCACUGCUCUUCCAUCCCAAUGCCAAAGGUUCCCAAAUCAUCAUGGACCUGGCACAGAAGACUGUCAAGAGACAGGCCAGCUUCUGCAAUGCCAUCACCUUCAGCAACAGGCCCAUAGCGUUGUACGAGCAAGUUCGCCUCAAGAUUACUAAAAAGCAGUGCUGCUGGAGCGGGGCCCUGCGUCUGGGCUUCACCUCCAAAGACCCUUCCAGGAUCAACCCGGACAACCUGCCCAAGUACGCGUGCCCCGACCUGGUCUCCCAGAGCGGCUUCUGGGCCAAGGCCCUGCCGGAGGAGUUUGCCAAUGAGGGAAACGUCAUCGCCUUUUGGGUGGACAAGAAGGGCCGCGUCUUCUACCGCAUAAACGAGUCUAGCCCCAUGUUGUUCUUCAGUGGGGUUCGUACUGCUGAACCCCUCUGGGCCCUCAUCGACGUUUACGGUCUAACCCGUGGAGUGCAGCUGCUAGACAGUGAGAUUGUUCCUCCGGACUGCCUGCGUCCACGCUCCUUCACCACAGUGCGCUCCUCCUCCCUGCGUCGCGAAGCCGACGACUCCCGCCUGUCCGUCAGCUUGUGUGACCUCAACCUGCAGCAGGAGGACGGAGGCCCCGCCCACAGCCACGCCCACCGCCACACCCUCCACCUGGCCUCGGCCUCCUCCUCCUCCACCUGCCCCAUCCCUCAAAACUCCCUCAACUCCCAGCAGUCCUCGCUGCUGCCCCCCGCCCUGGAGAGUGACCUGCACUUCCACCAGCUGCGCGGCGCCCACAUCAAGACCCUGGACGAGCAGACGGUGGCGCGCUCGGAGCACACGCGCGAGGAGCGCACCCUGGUCUUCACCGACCGGCCCCUGCGCACCGGAGAGACUGUGUUCAUCAAAGUCACCAAGUCCAGCCCGGCGCGCUCAGGCUCGCUGUCCUACGGCGUGACGUCCUGCGACCCGGCCAUGCUGCGACCGAGCGACCUGCCCUACAACCCGGAGGCGCUGGUGGACCGAAAGGAGUUCUGGGCCGUGUGCCGGGUGCCCACGCCUCUCCAGAGCAGCGACAUCCUCGGCUUCUUGGUGAACCAGGAAGGAGAGGUCAUCCUCAGCCACAACGGCACCAACGUGGGCAUGCAGGUGUGCGUGGACAACUCGCGCCCGCUCUGGAUGUUCUUCGGUCUGCAUGGCGCUGUCACUCAGCUGAGAAUUCUGGGUUCCACUCAUCUCGGGGAUCCGCGGACCACCUCCAGCCCCAGCUCGCCCUCCUCAUCUCCACACACCCCCAGCGCCCUGGGCAGUGGCAGCUCCGAUCCAGUCCUGAAUGGAGGGAUGUGUUCUGCUGCUUAUUGCAGCUCAGCAGGGGGAACAACACCCAAUUCACCAGUCAGCCUCCCCAAGUCACCUACGUUCCCAUCAGGCCAUGGGGCUUGGCCCGAUGAGUGCUCUAUCUGUUACGAGAACACUGUGGACACGGUCAUCUACGCCUGUGGACACAUGUGUCUCUGCUACACCUGUGGCCUCAAACUCAAGAAGAUGUCCAACGCCUGCUGUCCAAUCUGCAGAAGGCAGAUCAAAGACAUUAUCAAGACCUACCGCAGCACGUAAGGGGAAGACCAGGAAAUAGGAAGGCCGACAGUAAAUGAGGGGCCACCUAGGGGCAGCAAAAUCCCUGAGUAGGGUAAAGAAACUUAUAAGUUCAGGGAAUAUGAACUCUGGUACUUUAUGGUAAUUUGGUGUUUUCACAGAACUGUUGUUGGCUGGAUAUCUCACACGACCUGUUCCAAAGUCGGUACUGUUUCAUUUGGAAGGUCUCUUUCACUUUCAGGUUGCUCUCACAGCCUCCCCACAGAGGCAGCACUUGAAGUGGCAGGGGGUUGCAGUGAGAACUUUCUUCUUGCUAGAAGUGUUCACUCUCUCCUGGGAUUUUGGAAGUUUUCAAGACUUUGAGGUAGAGGGAAGACAGAACGAAUUUGUCAUGCUUUCAUUUGUUGAGCCAUGUUUAGGAUUUAGAGACUUAACCUAUUUGCACCAAGACAAAUGAGUAAACUGGGGGCUUUAUGUCUCAGUAAUAGCUGUUUUAUGUUGUGGUAGAGGGUGGCUGAGGCACAGAAAUGUGCUGUCAAUCUGAUGCAUAUUACUGAUUUUACCAGACAAAGCACACCCAUGGCAGGAAAUGCUUUAGAUACUCACCUCAGUAUGUCACAACUUGUGUCUGUGUGUUACUGAGCCCAACUGCAGUGGAAAAGAGGCGCCUUUCUGGCAUCAGUCUGGCGUCACAGUGAUGAAUCGGAUGAAUUUCUGUUAUUGUAGAAAACUGUCAAUGAGCGAUGUCUUUUAAGAUGCGAGGCACACGGACUUCAGUAUAUUAAGUAGGAUUGUAACUCCUCUUGUACUCGUAUAUUCUCAAAUUAAUGUACCUUUAUGGUAGUUCUAUUGCAAAUGUUGGUGGUAGCUGUAUUGUUGCGCUAGCUAGCUGCUUGCUCUGCAGUGUGGUAUGCACUGAAAUCAGCAAUGUCCUCUCAGAAAUGCCCCAUUUUUUACAGAGAGGAUAAAGUGAAAAAUGUUACACAACCUUCAAACCUGUGUCUAACAGCCUCUGCAUCUCAGAACUUUGUAUCAUAUGAAUGGAAAUAGGACGUGGCAAAACAGUAAUUAGAUAUUCCUCAGGGCCAGCUAUGUUUUUUUUUUUUUUUUUAACUAUUUUCCCAAAUUCUACCUAUAUCCGUGCCUAAUAACACUGUGAGCUCUCAUGACGAAUUGACAGGUCCUCAAAAUAGCUCCCAUAACAACAUAUAAAGUCAAAGGAUUGUUGCCAUGGUAUCAGCAGUCACCACAGAUACGACACAGCCUCCUGCCUUAACUCAUGGAGGGAUCAUUUGUAACGUACGGAUGUACGGUAUUCUGUGUCUCUGCUGUGUUUUCCAAGACCCCUCACAAAAUACCAAAUAAUGCUGUUGUGUGGCACAAACGGUCACAACAUGUCCACUCAGAGGAGAAAAAGCACACAAAUUCAAUGUUAUUUUUGUAACCUAACUACAUGACAGGUCUGUACUUAAACUAUUAAUUAUAUGUAUAUUAACCUUUGGGACUUAAGUACAGACUUUUCACCAGCAGCAAAAAUCCUUUAUAUACUAUAUCCUUUACACGUUUCAAUUCAGGGGCAGAGGAACUUUGAGGGAAAACUGCAGUAUCAACAGCUGAUAUUUUGAAUAUUAGUUCUUGUCCAGCACUAUAUGAUUCCUAUAGUCUAAUUUCAUUAUGAAAUGCUUGAUAAUAUCCCCCACAAAUUUCACUCACACCUGUACAUACAGCAACUGAACUGUAAGCCAUAGCUUAUUACAGGAUAUCACAUGAAGCUGAGAGGUUGUUUUUCGAGAAAGUACAUUGUACUUCAUAAUGUAGAUAAUCAACAAAUGGGGCUCAAACCUAUGCUGCUAUGGUGUUUGCCAGCUGUCCCUUUUGGCAAAUGCUGAUAUUGAUGUUCUGCACAUCCUCCCUCCAUACAUACAGUUUGAUUACGCUACUGCUUGAAGUGUUAAUUCACAUUUGAAUGUUAACUUAUGUAUUUAGAGAGGUAAAUGACUUUUAUUGGUGUGCUUGAAUUGAAAAAAAAGAAAAAAAAAUGUAUUUUUUUUUACGUUUGUUUUGAUCAGUAAUAAUGAUUAUAAUAAGAUUUGCUUUCUUGUUUUAUCCAAACCACAAGAACCUAAACUCAUUCUUAUUUUGUAAUGGAUUUUCCUCAGUAAGGAUAAAGAUGUUUUCUUGUACCUUGCAGCAAUAAGAGAUAUUGCAGUACACAAUCACAACCUCAUUGCUUUGGGGUGCAAGAUAUAAACUCUUGAUUUUACAAUCCCUGAAUUUCAGGUGUUCUUUUUGUAAUUUAACUUCAUGUGUGUAACCCCAUGUUAGGAAGCGCUAGUACCCAGUUCUGUAUUUAUAACUCUAUACAGUUAUAUUGUUUGAACACCAUCGCUGUAUGGUAAUGAAAACUGUCACUUUAUAAACCUCCUGAUUGUAAUUUUUUAAACGUUUAGGCCAUAGUUGCUCUCUGGGAUUCGACCAUGGCAUGUUUUAUUUUGAGCUGGCACUUCGACCAAAUCAAAAAGUGUAUUUUUUUUUUCAGUCUUUUCCAUAAGUAUUAUUAUAUUCAUGUAAUUCCCUUGGUGUAAAACACUGCAAUCAUGUUUUGUCUUUUUUUUUUUUUUUUUUUACUUUUUGGAACUACAAUCAUUGGUUUUGGACCACACAAAUUGAUGUACAUUAUAUUGCGCUAAAUCACAGUCAGUUUUCAAGCUAAAUAACCACUUGGCUGAGCUUUUUUUAUCUAUAAAUUAAUAUUAGAUGCACACUCACACUGGCUUUUCAUGAGAGGCUGCCAUGCGAUUGUCUUUUUUUAAACUAUUAUUAUUAUUAUUUGUGCAUAAAGUUCCAGAAACCCCCCACUGGCCCUUUGAAUGUUCUUGACCCUGUAAUGUACUAGUAUUUGUCCUUCACUGACGUGCAAACUAAUUCCUCCAAACGUACUUUACUUGUGAGUUUGCUUUUUUCUGCUUUGCUUCUAUAAUGAUACGACCCCUCUGUGUCUGGCAGAGCACACCUCAGCAGAUUUAGAGAAUUGCAGUUUUCCCUUUUCUUUAGAUUUUUAGUACUUUUUUUGUCAUGCGUGAGUUGUUUGUUCACUCCAAGUGAACUUUGGGACCAACAGUAGACGAGCACCGAAGCGGGAUGCUGUAGUCAUCAUGUAGACUGGAAGCAAUGGGCAGCGUUCGAAAUACAAUAUAGUGCUCUGUUUGGCCAUUGUUGUGACACAGCAGCUGAAGUACUUUGCAAACCUGUAUUUUUAUUUAUUUUAUUAUUUUUUUUUUUUCAUUUGAAACAGCAGUAGUUUCCAAGUGUUUCUUUGUGAACUCUGUUCAGUGUGAGUCGAAUGAUUGUGAUCAAUAAAA